GUCCCGUGUCUACCGGCGCACUCUAGUCACAACUCCUAACUCGCAACUCACAACUCACAAGACCCACAACCUGCUCUCCCAAACCCCGCCGCCCCUCUUAUCUCUCGUAACUUUGCGGAGUCAAUUCUUCUGCCUUUUCGAUCUUCAGAGUAGAUCGCCUGGAUUUUGUUUAGGAUCCACUAGAAUUGGAUUCUAUCCAAGGGUUUUGUCUCAGUUUCUUCUACGUUGAUUAAUCUUGGGCGUCCAUUUGAUGGUUUCAGAAAUUUGAUGACAGUAUGUAGUGGAAUAUACGGAGUUUCUCUAUGAUCUCUGAUCAGGUUGAUGGCGUCAAUUAGAAGAACUCAAUCGCCUGCCUAUCAUGACCGUCCGUAUCAGAACGGUGGGACUUCGUUUUCGGUGUCAUCUCCUUCACAGAAGCUUCUGUCCAACGGUAAAUGCUCGUCGCCGUUGCCAUUUUUCUCUUCAUACGGUGUCGGCAUCCGGAGAUUCGUCGCCGGAGCUUUUCUUCAGAAGUACUCUCGCAAAGUUUGGCGGCGAUCGGCUUAUAGGUGUUUGGUGUUCUUUUUGCUCGGUUUCUUGUUAGGUAUGUCGCCAUUCGGCGAAGUAGAAGAUAUUAAAAGUCAGGAUUUCUCGUUCGAGAUCAAGCCGUCGCCGGUGAAUGUGAAAUUGGAUCCGGAGAGUGUUGUUAAGCGCGAGGAUUUUGUCUUGGAUACUGUGAACUUAGGGGUGGAGCGGCAAUCGAAGACGAAAGAGAGAUUCAAUUUUAUACCUAAAAAGCAGAUAAUUGUGGUGACGCCGACCUAUAACAGAGCGCUUCAGGCGUUUUACUUGAAUAGAUUGGGACAGGUGCUUAGGCUGGUGCCUCCGCCAAUUUUGUGGAUGGUAGUGGAGAUGAAUGUGGCCUCCAUGGAGACUGCUGAGAUAUUGAGGAAGACGGGGGUUAUGUAUAGGCAUAUUGUGUGCACUAAGAAUUCUACCAACGUAAAGGACAGGGGAGUUCACCAAAGGAACGCAGCUCUCGAGCACAUUGAGCACCAUAAGCUUGAUGGGAUUGUAUAUUUUGCAGAUGAUGAUAAUAUCUAUUCCCUUGAGUUGUUUAAGGGUUUGAGAGAGAUCAGCCGAUUUGGCACAUGGCCUGUUGCCAUGCUUGCACAAAGCAAAAACAAGGCAAUAUUAGAAGGUCCUGUCUGCAAUGGAAGCCAAGUAAUUGGAUGGCACACAAAUGAGAAAAGUAAGAGACUUCGGAGAUUUCAUGUUGAUAUGUCAGGAUUUGCAUUCAACAGCACCAUCUUGUGGGAUCCAAAGAAAUGGCGACGUCCCACUUCAGCUCCAAUUCAACAGUUGGACACAGUGAAGGAGGGUUUCCAAGAAACCACAUUUAUAGAGCAACUGGUGGAAGAUGAAAGUCAAAUGGAAGGGACACCUGCUGGUUGUUCAAGGAUAAUGAACUGGCAUCUUCAUUUGGAAGCUCGAAAUCUUGUUUACCCCAGAGGCUGGCUACUUCAGAAGAACCUAGAUGUCGUUCUCCCCAUUAAAUGAUGGAACUUCAACCUGUAAUCUUGAAACUUAGAGCUUGAAACAGUUGCUGCUAUCAUUUUAUGUUGGUUGGUACCUCAUUCUCAGGCGGAUCACAACAACAAUUUGCCAUCAUCAUCAGCGGCAGCUGUGCUGGCAAAUACCUGAUAGGAGCAAACAAAUAGAAGAUUCAUGAUUUUUUAUUGUAUUAGUUUUCCUGCAUGAUAUUCUUUCACAGGAAGAAGAUUUGUUUCUCGUUGUAGAGUUGGUGCUUGUUCUACCGGGGUGUUGGUUGUCUCAAAAUUUUCUGAAACAAUUCAACCCAAACCCCACUCCCCCAAAAUGGCAGAAUGGGAUGAAGCCAGGACCUGGGAAAUAUAGUGAUUCAGAUUUCAAAAUCGACUUUUAAGUAGAAUUUCUGGUUUGGGGAUUGUACUUUGCAACUUGGACUUUCAUAUUUGGAGGGGAUUUAACAGUCUUUACAUUGUUUAUUUCAUGCUAAAAUUGCCAAGAAAGGUUUGGCGAGGGGCAUUGGACAAUUUUAUAUGCGGAUCCUUCUAUUUUUGUUCUCUCUGGAAAUGGUAUCAUUUUACAGCCAUCAGUUGAAG